AUGGCGUCUCUAUCUCUGACAGUCAUGAUCAACAAAGAGAAAACAAAAGUCCUAUUUGCAGAAGCCAGCAGUGAUUUCAUCAACGUUCUGCUAAGCUUCCUCACUCUUCCGUUGGGAAAAAUCGUCACGAUUCUUCAAAAACACGAAGGAUCGGAACUCGGAAGCUUAACCACUCUCUACAAAGGCUUGUCUGAACUCGACACCGCCCAUUUCUCCGUCCCAGGCGCUAAGGAAAUGCUGCUCAAUCCACGGAGUUCGUUUCAACCCGAAUACCGUCAACUACCGAUUGAUGUUACCGACACUGCCCCACUGCUGCAAUACUUCCUUUGUGAGGAUGUAAAUUGCUCACAACCUUCUUAUGAUAAUAUCAGCAUGUAUUCUGAUAUAGCUGUGUGUGAUUGUGGGGGAUCACUGACGAGGCGAAUAGGCAUUAAGGAUGAAUGUCGGGACGGAGGUGAAGCUUUCGUUGUCAGUCCUUUGUUUUUCAUCGUCACCGAUGAUCUCAGGGUUGUGCCUAUUGUCAGUGGAAUUGUUCAAGCUCUUUCCGAUCUCGGGAUUACAGACACUCGAGGGGCGGAGAUGAAGAGUUUGAGUCUUGGUCCUUAUGAGAUCGGUGAGUUGCUCAAGCUGUCGUUAACUUCUGCGACCCCAUUAACGGACAUGGUUAUGAAGAGCAAUAACAAAUGCCCACAAUCCGAGGUUUGGUUGGAUCAUAUUCAUCAACAUGAUGCUCCCACAGAAUCCAAUAAAAUAGUUAUACGAGCGUUCUUGCACGAAUCAACGAACAAAUUCCUGUUUGCAGAAGCUAGUGAUGAGUUUGUAGAGCUUCUAUCGAGCUUCCUCGCUAUUCCUUUAGGUGGAGUGGAGUUCCUCCUGGCCGGCAACACUCCCUUCAAAAAUAUCGACAAUUUGUACAGAAGCGUAUCAAAUGGCAUCGAUGAUAAGCAUUUCACAACAUCAGACACUAAAAAUAGGCUGGUGAGUCCAAAGCUGGCUCAUGGUUAUCUUCCCAAAAAUCAGUUUCUACCUCUUAGUGAAGAAGGCCCUCCAAAACUGUUUUACCAAGCGACACGGAAAGGGCUGCGGUAUAAUUAUUCUUCUCAUGAGAAAGAAGUAACCAUAGACAUGGUUUCUUCAUUCAAAUCUAGCAAGGAAGUAUAUAUCAAGAAACAAACUAUGUGUUUUGUUAGUGAUGAUUUAACCAUGAGUCCUAGUUUGACUUCAAGAAUUUCGAUUCUCAAUGAUGGUGGAAUUCCCCUAUCAGAAAUGAAAGAAACUGAAUUCCACAUUGGACUCAAUGAGGCAUUAUGUAUAUUGAAGGCAUCUCUCACAUCAAAGACAGCUUUAACUGAUGGCCUCAUCAAACCCUUGUUAAAGCGCCAGCCUAAGAAAGAACGUUGCUGA